AUGGUUCUUCUGAAAAAAGAGCUAUUGUUAGCUCAACCUCAUAUUAAACGUCUCAAUGUUGGUGCUCGACCAAAUUAUUCUAAACUCGAAGAGGAACUUGCUAAACAGGUUCGAGCUUUAUGUGACAAAUUAAAACCAGUUAGCUAUAUUAUGGUACAAAAUAAAGCUGUAUCAUUAGCAAAAUCUCCAAAAUAUAUUCUUCACUAUUCUAAUAUCAAUAAUUUUAAGUGGAGUAACAAGUGGCUUAAUAGUUUUUUACGAUGUAAUAAUUUUAGUAACCAUCGUAAAACAACUAUUGCGCAAAAAUUACCAGCAGAAUUAGAAACACAAUGGCAAGAAUUUCUUAAUUUUGUUCAAUAUCACCGUAUUCAAUAUGAUUAUCCGUUACAAUUAAUGGGCAAUAUGGACGAGACCCCUCUUUCUUUUGAUAUGCCAAGUAACGUAACUAUAGAUAAUAAGGGAAAUAAACCUAUUAGUAUUAGGACUUGUGGUUAUGAAAAAUCUUGCUUUACCGUUGUGCUUGCAUGUUUGGCAAAUGGUACGAAAUUACUUCCAAUGAUUAUUUUUAAGUUAAAAAAUGUUCAACGGCUUGAGUUUCCAUCAGAUAAGAUUUGGCAAAAUCAUACACCAAAUUCUGAGAAUUCGCAGUUACUUUUAAUAUCACAAGAAAUAAGAGAAUUAACUGAAUCUGGACGAAUUAAACGUCCUCCGUAUAAUAUAAUUGCAGAAUGGAUUAAGC